AUGUCCGAGGUGAAGAACCGGAAGAAGUCGGCACCCAGGACAGCAUCCUCGGAGCCCAGGAAGCGGAGCGAGGGCGGGAAGAGCGUCGAGGCCCAGGGCGGUGGAGGCAGGGGCUGGGCGGACCCCCGGACAGGCCUGAGCUUACUGUCGCUGGGGACAUGCCUGGGCUUGGCCUGGUUUGUAUUUCAGCAGUCCGAAAAGUUUGCAAAGGUGGAAAGUCAAUACCAGCUACUGAAAAUAGAAAACAACGAGUUCCAGGGACUUCAAAGUAAAAUCAGUUUAAUUUCAGAAAAGCUUGAGUCUACUGAAAGUAUCCUGCAGGAAGCUACAUUAUCCAUGUCUUUGGUGACCCAGUUUGAGCAGGAAGUGUCCAGCCUCCAAAGCGUCAUACAUGGCAUUCAAAAUAGCGAAGAGAUGCUCACUCAAAAGAUGCAAAGCCUUAAUGAGAAAUUCCAGAAUGUUACAGAUUUGUGGAAGAGAAGCCUAGAAGAAAUGAAUGUUAAUACAAACACUUUCACGUUAGAAGCAAAACAUAUACAUUCUCAAGUUACUGUCCAAAUUAACUUGGCUGAACAAGGGCUAAAAUUGCUCACCCAAAGACUGAAAGAGUUGGAAGACAGCACACUGAGAAAUAUUAGAACAGUCAAAAGACAAGAAGAAGAAGAUCUUCUCCGAAUAGAGGAGCAACUUGGCUCUGAUGCAAAAGCAGUUGAAAAGUUACAAGAGGAACAACAUGCUCUUUUUGCCAGAGAUGAAGACUUGACUAGUAAACUUUCCAACUAUGAUACCAAAGUUGAAGAAUGCAAGACACAUUUACCAAAAAUUGAAAAUGCUAUUCACUCUGUUCUCAAAGUCUCUCAGGAUCUAAUAGUGACAGAAAAGAAAAUGGAAGAGUUGACUAUACAGAUGUUUAAUAUGGAGGAUGAUAUGCUGAAAGCAGUUUCUGAAAUUUUGGAGAUGCAGCAAACCCUUGAAGGAAUUCAGUAUGACAAUAGCAUAUUAAAAAUGCAAAAUGAACUGGGUGUUCUGAAAGGGAAAGUUCAUGACUUUAUAGCAUAUUCAAAUACAAGAGAAAAGAAAACUUUUGAAGAACAUAAUCCAGAAAAUAAAGGAAUUGAUGGUGAUUUUUAA